GGAAACGGAAGCGUGCCUUUGUGGGCAAGACAAGCUCCGAGCGUGGUUGGCAACACCAGUGAUUUAAAUAAAUAUCACCGCCCAACCUGGAGUCGCGCUUCCAGGGUGGUCCAGACCCCUGGUGAAUGGAGCGACUGGAGUCGGCUGUCUUAAGUAUGCUUCGUUUUUUUUUCUCCUUUUGUCUUGGCGACCCUUUGGAGUGGGCUUUGGUGGGUAAAGUCUGGCAGGAACCGUCCACUCUGCAAGCGGACAGUGACACCGGGGCUGACCGAAUGACGGAUCCUGGGCUGCUUUGUCGGACUGGAGCAACCAAACAGGGCUACAAACUGUGGAUGGACUGCCCGUGGGCUGUUGACUGGUGAAAGAGACCAAGGGAACUUAGGGCCGCCUCCCUUCUGCUGCCUGCCAAGUGCCUAGAGGUAUGUCUACAGCUUCGUUCCUAGAGGUACCUGUGGGCUACGGCCGGU